AAAAAUUAAAAAUUACAACUCCUCUACAAAUAUCCAGUUUGUCGAGUGAUUAGACGGCCACGCCUGCGGCCCACAAUUCUUCUUCAAUCUCGGCGCCCGGCUGGCGAGUCCAGCACCGUUGGAGAGGUAAAUGAAGUCUCACAUACAUCUAUUCUCCACAACUCCCCACAAUUUUCUCCAAUAAUCAUGGCUAUAUGCCUUUCAUACUGUCCUGACCCUGUUCCCCAUAAAACCUCAAUAAGCUUUAGCUCUAGAUUGAGGUUCAAUUCUCAGGAAGCUCUGUUUUUACUUCGAAAAUGCACAACUUUUAAUCAAUUGAAGCUAAUUCAUGCCAGAAUUAUCCGCCACGGCCUCACUGAUGACCAGUUACUUGUUCGAAAAUUACUUGAUAUUUGCUAUUCUUAUGGUAAAAUGGAUUAUGCCCUUUUGGUUUUUCAUCAAAUUCAGCGCCCUCAUGCCUUUACUUGGAAUCUUAUGAUUAGGGCACUUACUAACAGUGGCAGGUCCCGGAAAGCUAUGGAUUUGUUUAACCUUAUGAUGUGCAAAGGUUGUGCACCUGACAAGUUCACCUUCCCGUUUGUUAUUAAAGCUUGCUUGGCCGCUUUUGAUGUUGAGAAGGGUAAAGAGGUCCAUGGUUUGGCUGUUAAAACAGGAUUUUUCCGAGAUAUGUUUGUGCAGAAUACUUUGAUGGAUCUUUAUUUCAAGUGUGAGGAUGUAGAUAGUGGAAGUAAGGUGUUUGAGAAAAUGCGUGUUCGUAGUGUUGUUUCGUGGACAACUAUGAUUACUGGCCUUGCUGCUUGUGGGGAUUUGGAUUCUGCCCGAGCUGUUUUUGAGCAAAUGGAAUCAAGAAAUGUUGUUUCGUGGACGGCUAUGAUUAAUGCGUAUGUUAGGAAUCAACAACCUCAAGAGGCUUUUGAAUUGUUCUGGAGAAUGCAGCUUGAUAAUGUCAGGCCAAAUGAGUUUACACUUGUUAGCUUGUUACAAGCAUGUACGGACCUGGGAAGUCUAAAAUUGGGUAGUUGGAUUCAUGACUUUGCUUUAAAGAAUGGGUUCGAACUUGGAGUUUUCCUUGGGACUGCUCUUAUUGACAUGUAUAGCAAAUGUGGUAGUUUGGAGGAUGCUAGGAAAGUGUUUGACAAGAUGCAAAUUAAGAACUUAGCCACUUGGAAUUCUAUGAUUACUAGCUUGGGUGUGCAUGGGCAUGGCGAGGAAGCCCUUGCUCUUUUUGCGCAGAUGGAGAACACAAAUGUUCAACCGGAUGCAAUCACUUUUGUAGGUGUUUUAUGUGCUUGUGUACAUACAAAUAAUGUAGAUGAGGGUUGUCAUUACUUCUGGUAUAUGAUAGAAAAUUAUGGUAUCAUGCCUAUUUUAGAACAUUAUACUUGCAUGAUUGAACUAUAUAAUCAUGCAAAAAUGAAGGAUGAGAUCUACGCACUUCUGAAUUGUAUGCCCGAUAAACUGGAUGAGAAUACAGUGGCAGCCUUGCUGAGACCGAACACUAUGCGAGAGAAUCUGAAUGAGAAUACAGAGGCAGCGUUGCAAAGGCUGAAUGCCCUUCCAGAGAAGCUGAAUGAGAAUACCGAGGCAGUAUUGCAAAGGCUGAAUGCCAUGCUCAAGCUAAAUGAGAGUACAGCAGCAGCAUGGGUUACGCCAAGUGUUGACAAGAGAGUGACUGAUAUGGAGAAAAAUUCUCUCCUGUUUACAAAUGAAUCCAACUGCUUGGGAGUGUUUAUAUGCUAUGUCCCGCAAUAUCAGCUCCAUUGCUUCAAGGGGGAUGUGGGUUAACUUUACUGGAUGAUUUUCUUACUGUUUAAUUACGUUUCAAAUUGUACACAUUGUAAUCACUGAGAGAGGAGCCUUGUAUCAAAGUAGAACCUCCAAUCAUACAAAAUCCUGUUCUUAUAAGCUUUUCUCCAAUAAAAUAAGUCAAAGAAGAUUUGUAGAUUGGAAUGA